AGUUUCUCGGAUUUGUUCUGGAAAGCCUCAUUACUUUGGAUAUUGAAAAUUUCAGAGUAAAUGAUGGAUACAAUGUUCAAUGACUGAAAACUGGUACUUAGUUCUGUACAGGUUUUGUGAGCGUCAAUGUAUAUUUACUCAUUGUGGCCAUGUCGAAAUAAGGUUUAAGUAACGAUUUGAAGGGGUUUUCUAUUGUUAAGCAGAAGCUUUAUAUCUGUACUAGUGGUGUUUCAAAGGUAUUUCUGGUUGAAUCUUAGAGUAAUAGAUACUACAUCCAAUUGGGAUUACGAAAAUUGUCAGUUCACGAUGGACGAAGACAACGAGGAAAUGCGAUCCUUGUAUUUUACACCAACUUGGUCUGUUGCCACCGUAUUGACGGUUUUUAUAGCUGUUUCAUUGCUUUUGGAGCGGGCAAUUCACCAUUUAAGUUCUUGGCUGCAGAAAACCAACCGGAAACCUUUAUACGAGGCUUUAGAGAAAAUGAAAGAAGAGUUGAUGUUGCUCGGAUUUAUGUCACUCCUCCUUACAGCGACCUCGAGAUUGAUUUCAAGUAUUUGCAUUCAUACUAAGUACUACGAGGGCACCUUCUCUCCAUGCAGCAGAGCUGAAAUUGAAAAAGCGGAUGGAGAUUCUCAUGAAGGCCGUAAGCUAUUUAUGGGUUCUGUUCUUCACCACUCCCUUCGGAGAGGGUUGAGUGAGUCGAAAGGAAAUACCUGUGAAAAGAACUAUGAGCCCUUUGUUUCAUACGAAGGUUUGGAGCAGCUGCACCGCUUUAUCUUUAUCAUGGCAGUAACGCAUAUAUUAUAUAGUUGCUUAACAAUGUUGCUAGCAAUUGUAAAGAUACAUAGCUGGAGGACAUGGGAGGAUGAGGCCCAUCAGUUAGACACUGAUGCAUUUCCUGAAACUGCUACAGAAUCAACAAUGAGAAGGCAAUCAAAUCUUGUGAAAUUUCAUUCGUCAAACCCUUGGAGUAGAAAUGGACUUCUUGUUUGGUUGGUUUGUUUUUUCCGACUAUUUGGCCAAUCCGUUCGUCGGACUGAUUACCUUACUCUUCGUUCAGGAUUCAUCGUGAAUCACAAUCUUGCAUCGAGAUAUGACUUUCACAGCUAUAUGGUUCGUUCUAUGGAAGAAGAAUUCCAAAGGAUAGUUGGUGUAAGUGUACCGCUAUGGGGAUUUGUUGUUGCUUUCAUGCUUUUUGAUGUCGAUGGGGCUGAUCUUUAUUUCUGGUUAGCCAUCAUACCCAUAGCUCUUGUUCUGGUGUUGGGUACAAAGCUUCAACAGAUUAUUGCAACCUUGGUAUGGGAAAAUGCUGGUGUAACUGGAUUCUUCUCAGACACACGGUUGAGGCCUCGGGAUGAACUUUUUUGGUUUAAGAAACCAAGGUUUAUCUUGUCCUUGAUCCAUUUUGUUCUAUUCCAGAAUGCGUUUGAGCUGGCUACAUUUUUGUGGUUCUGGUGGCAAUUUGGAUAUCACUCCUGCUUCACUGAAAAUCAAGGGUUUGUAUACACACGCCUCGUUUUGGGGUUUGUUGGACAGAUCUUUUGUAGCUACAGCACUUUGCCACUAUAUGCACUAGUUACUCAGAUGGGAACAAAUUACAAGGCAGCAUUGAUUCCGGAUAAAAUAAGAGAGACAAUACAUGGAUGGAACAAGGAAACAAAGAAGAGAAGGCGGCGUGGUAUCCUCCACGAUGACAGUACUGUGCACACAGAUACUAGCACAGUAAUUUCCAUUGACGAUGUUGAUGGUGAGUUUCAGAGUCCUUCCCCUGGAAGACAUCACACUAUCGAGUUAAAACCUAUCUCUACUACUGUUAGAAUCAAGCAUUCUGCAUUUGUUGAUGAAGGUUCGAGCAGAGUUGGUACACCUCUUCUUAGAACCUCAACAUCUAUUUGUUCUCCAUCUUACUCUGAGAUGCCAAAUGAAGAAAUUUCAAGGUCCCCGUCAAUGCCACAUCAAAGAAGAGGAUCAAUGUAACAGAUAGCAUUUCAGUAGGAUAUUUCAAUUUGUUGAGUUGUUCUGUCUAGACUCUAGAGAGUUAAUUGCGGAAAUCCGAUAGUACUACCAUCGUUAGUUCACAGGUGCAAUAGAUAUUCAAAGUAAUUGUUGUAUGAUGCCUUCAAGUUUUAAGUGGCUAUAGAGAAUCAAAAAUAAACUAUUCACAGUCUGAUCAGUACGUACAGCAGGAAAAACUGAAUAUUAUAAAUUUUUUGAUGCCAUUAAAUC